UGUGUCCCCCCCGGGCCCUGCCGGUCCCGCCCCCGCCCCGCCCCGCCCCGCCCCGUCCCGCGAUGGCGGCGGCGGCGCAGGCCCGGGUGCAGGCGGCGGUGGAGGGCGCGGUGCAGGCGCUGGAGCGGGACCGCAUCCGCGCCAUGCAGGGCGCCAUGUUCCGGUGCAGCGCCCGCUGCUGCGAGGACGGGGCGGCCUCCAUGCAGGAGGUGCAGCGCUGCCUGGAGCGUUGCCACGCGCCGCUGGCCCGCGCCCAGGCCCUCGUCACCGCCGAGCUGGAGCGCUUCCAGGACCGCCUGAGCCGCUGCACGCUGCACUGCAACGACGAGGCGACGGACGCGCUGGCGGCGGGGGCCGCCGAAGGGCGGGUGCGGGGCCAGCUGGAAGCCUGCCUGGCCACCUGCGGGGACGACCACCUCCGCCUGGUGCCCGCCAUGGCCAAGAAGAUGGAGGACGGGCUGGCCGCCCUCCAGCAGUAGUUGGGGGGGCGCCGGGGUUUGGGGGGGGAAUGGGGACACACGCUCCCCCCCCCCC